AUGUUGUCAAGUAUGUUGAAAACCAUACCAAACUCAACCACCUCUUCACUUUCUCAUAACCCUAAAAACAACAAAUCUCGUAACCGUUUCAUCUUCUUCAAACAACCUCGGACAACAUGUCUUCUAUAUUCCAAAUUAAAUUUUUAUUCUCGCGCCACUGUCGCUCGCAAUGUAACGGAAAACCAAAAUGCCAAAAUUUGCAACUUCUGUCAAAUGGGUAAUCUCAGAAACGCUAUGGAAUUGCUCACAACAUCACAAAGACAUGAACUUGGGUUGAGUACUUAUUGUUCCGUUUUGCAGCUUUGUGCUGAGAAGAACUCUUUGGAAGAUGGAAAAAGGGUUCAUUCCAUUAUCAUUUCAAAUGGCGUGGUGAUUGAUGAGGUUUUAGGGGCUAAACUAGUUUUCAUGUAUGUGAAUUGUGGUGAUUUGGUUAAUGCGAGAGGGAUAUUUGAUGAGAUUCUUAAUGAUAAGGUUUUUCUUUGGAAUCUUAUGAUGUCUGAAUAUGCAAAGAUUGGUUAUUAUAGAGAAAGUCUGAGUCUUUUUAAGAAAAUGCAGAAGAUGGGAGUUUCAGGGGAUUCUUAUACAUUUACUUGUGUGUUGAAGUGUUUUGCUGCAUUGAGAAAGGUUAAGGAGUGUAAAAGUGUUCAUGGGUAUAUUUUGAAACUUGGUUUUGGUUCUAAUACUGCUGUUGCUAACUCGAUGAUUGCAGCUUAUUUUAAAUUCGGUGAAGUUGAGAGUGCACUUAAUCUGUUUGAUGAAUUGGCUGAUAGAGAUGUAGUUUCAUGGAAUUCUGUGAUAAAUGGGUGUGCUGUUAAUGGUUUUUCCAAAAAUGGAGUUGAGAUUUUCAUUCAGAUGCUGAUUAUGGGGGUUAAUUGGGAUUUGAACACAUUGGUUAGUGUUCUUGUGGCUUCUGCAAAUAUUGGCAACCUUUCGUUCGGUAGAGCUCUUCAUGCUUUUGGAGUGAAAGCAUGUUUUGGUAAGGAAGUUGUGUUUAGCAAUACCUUACUUGACAUGUAUUCAAAGUGUGGUAAUUUAAAUGGUGCAACUGAAGUUUUUGUGAAGAUGGGUGACACGACUAUUGUUUCUUGGACUUCAAUCAUUGCUGCUUAUGUACGAGAAGGUCUAUACGAUGAUGCUAUUGGAUUAUUUGAUGAAAUGCAAAGCAAGGGUGUUAGGCCUGAUAUCUAUACUGUCACAAGCAUUGUUCAUGCUUGUGCUUGUAGCAACUCUUUGGAUAAAGGAAGGGAUGUGCACAGUUACAUUAUAAAGAAUGGCAUGGGAUCGAAUUUGCCUGUCGCUAAUGCUCUCAUGAACAUGUAUGCAAAAUGUGGAAGAAUGGAAGAAGCUCGGUUAGUUUUCUCUCAAAUUCGAGCUAAGGACAUUGUUUCGUGGAAUACAAUGAUUGGAGGUUAUUCGCAAAAUUCACUUCCCAAUGAAGCUCUAGAACUCUUUUCGGACAUGCAAAAACAGUUAAAACCAGACGACAUUACAAUUGCUUGUGUCCUUCCAGCUUGCGCAGGCUUGGCAGCUCUAGACAAAGGAAGAGAGAUACAUGGACACAUAUUACGAAGAGGAUAUUUUUCAGAUAAGCAUGUAGCUUGUGCACUUGUUGAUAUGUAUGCCAAAUGUGGGUUACUUGUUCUAGCACAGUUACUUUUUGAUAUGAUUCCUCAAAAGGAUCUGAUUUCCUGGACUGUUAUGAUAGCUGGAUACGGCAUGCACGGAUUUGGGAAUGAGGCGAUUUCCACAUUCAAAAAGAUGAGGAUUGCGGGUAUCGAGCCUGACGAGUCCUCCUUUGCCGCCAUACUUAAUGCUUGCAGUCAUUCUGGAUUACUGCAUGAGGGUUGGAGGUUCUUUAACUUUAUGAGAAAUGAAUGCGGUAUAGAACCGAAGUUAGAGCACUAUGCCUGCAUGGUGGAUCUCCUUUCCCGCGCUGGAAAUCUAUCAAAGGCGUACAAGUUCAUCGAGUCCAUGCCAAUUGAACCAGAUGCUACAAUUUGGGGUGCAUUGCUCUCAGGCUGCAGGAUUCAUCAUGAUGUGAAGCUAGCAGAAAAAGUGGCAGAACAUCUUUUUGAGCUAGAGCCAGACAACACAAGGUAUUAUGUUGUUCUGGCGAAUGUCUAUGCAGAGGCGGAAAAGUGGGAAGAAGUGAAAAAGUUGCAAGAAAAGAUGCGUAAAAGAAGAUUCAAACAGAACCCAGGAUGUAGUUGGAUAGAGUUCGGAGGAAAGUUUAACAUUUUUGUUGCUGGGAACAAUAAACACCCUCAAGCAAAAAGGAUAGACGCGUUGCUGAGAAAAUUGAGUUUGCAAAUGAAGAAUGAAGAUUACUCUACUAGGUUGAGGUAUGCAUUGAUUAAUGAAGAUGAUAUGGAGAAGGAAGUGAUUCAGUGUGGACACAGUGAAAAGUUAGCAAUGGCUUUUGGUAUAUUAAAUUUGCCGCCUGGGAGAACCGUUAGGGUCACAAAGAAUCGAAGAGUAUGCAGAGAUUGUCAUGAGAUGGGGAAGUUCAUGUCCAAGACAACCAAGAAGGAAAUUUUAUUAAGAGAUUCAAACCGGUUUCACCAUUUCAAGGAUGGGUUAUGUUCUUGCCGAGGUUUCUGGUAA